UUUGAUCGCGGAUGUCGAAAACAUCCUAGCUAUGCACACGGAUAUCGCCGUCCGGGAACAAACGAGAUGUCAGAUUAUUAACAAGACACAAAACUUCGUCAACAAGAACAGGCCUCUCGGGACCGAUCCACUGGAAAAAUUCUGUCGAACCGCAAGCAACAUCACCAAAAAGUUCAUCAAAUCAAACCCGAACAUACUGAUCACCGAAGCUGACAAGGGGAACCGUACAGUCAUAAUGCAUCUGGAUGACUACGACAGCAAGAUGGCACAGCUGAUCGGGGAUACCAGUACAUAUCAGCAGGUAAACUCGGAUCCAACGAGCCGGUACGAACGGGGAAACAACAACAUCGUCAGGAGACUGUACGCGCUACAGCUGAUAGAUGCCCGAACGAAACACAGACUCACAAGCUACAACGCUGUGUGUCCUCGUAUAUACGGACAGCCGAAGGCACACAAGCCGAGCUUACCGCUCAGGCCAGUGGUUCCCAACACAACAUCUCCUACGUACCAUUUGAGUAAGUUCAUAGCUGACAUACUCCAAAAUUCUUUCAAGAGUCAGUAUAAUGCCGUGGACUCGAAAACGUUCUGCGCAUACGUCAAUCAAUUGACAAUACCGACAGACCACGUACUGGUGUCUUUUGAUGCAGUAUCGUUGUUCACCAACGUUACUAAAGACGUCGUCAUCCACGACAUCAUUAUGAUGUGGAACGAGAUACAGGUUAAUACGAACAUAAACCUGGAUCUUUUCCUGGAAAUUGUGGACUUCUGCAUAAGUGGCAGUUUCUUUUGUUUCCGCCAAAAAUUCUACCACCAAAUAUCAGGCACGGCAAUGGGAAGUCCUCUUUCUCCAAUAUUGGCUGACAUCGUUAUGGAGAAUCUGUUGACGAGAGCAUUACGAACUGCUAACAUUCUUCCGCAGUUUAUACGUAAAUAUGUGGACGAUUUGUUCCUUGUGCUUCAUAAAGACCAAGUGAACGCAGUGUUAGAUGUUUUCAACACAAUGAACCCAAGGAUUGUGUUUACAUCCGAGGUUGAGGUUAACUGUCAACUACCAUUCCUAGAUUUGUUGGUAAUUAGGCUACCAGAUGGCACCAUCAAAACGGACUGGUAUACCAAGCCUAUCGCAUCCGGUAGAAUUCUUAACUUUUUCUCGUUCCACUCCAUGGAUCAAAAACUUUCGGUGGCCAGGAAUUUUAUCGACCGGGUCCGUAGCUUGAGCACCACUCGCAGUUCGGAACAACAAGAACAGCUGAUUCAUACACACCUCAGAAAGAAUGAUUACCCCUCAGCUCUCAUCAAUCGUCUAUUGCGUCAGACACAGCGUAUAGACACACCGGAUAAACCAACCAUCUAUCGAUCGAUCCCAUACAUCCAAGGCCUGACACCAUCCCUAAAACGAAUAAUACACAGCAGUGGACUCGCUGUUGGGAUUUCACACAGCAACAACAACACAGUGGGGAAGCUGUAUCGUAAUGCUAAAGAUCCGGUACCGGACAUGAGCAAAAGCAACGUAAUAUACAGGAUCGACUGUCAAAACUGCCCCGGCAAAUACAUUGGAAUGACGGCGAAUAAACUCCGCAAUCGCAUGUAUGGACACCAAACCCAUGUCAACACACUGGAACAGCAUCUAGCGCAAGGGCAGCAAUAUACCGAUCUUCCAGUACAACAACUACGGGAAAAAUCAGCAUUGAUCAACCAUUGCAUCACCCACCAACACCGGUUCAACAUUAGCAAUCCCACUAUCGUCGAUAUAACGUACAAGAAGCAAGCUCUGCAAGUGUUGGAAAUGUGCCAGAUCGCGACUACAUCCAACACGGUCAACCAUCGGACAGAUACCGAUAAUCUAAGCUGUGCGUACGCACAUUUACUCUCCUCUAUCAAAACCCGAAGAGAGGAGGAGAGUCGUGCGUCGUCUACAAAUAGUUAUAAUCGACCCGACUCCAACGACUACCCAUCCCAACUAACACAGACAGACACAACCACCCAAACACCACACACUGUACAAAUCCCUCAGUAAUGUUCGAUCAGCUGUUAGCUCUGGCAGUGUUGGCAAGUGUCGUGGAUCCUCCUGGUGUAGACCUCCCAUUUUGUACCACCCACCCACUACCUUCGAGGGUGCUGGCAGUAAAGUAUGUACCCUUAUAUCCCGUGUUCCCAAAACUACUUCUCUAACGGCUUUAAAUCCACAGUGAGACUUGUGCAGUGCAAAUUCAAAAACGAGACAAUCAACCGUGAGAUGUACACGGGAUUAGACAAAAUUGAUUAAUUUCGAGCCCUGAAGAAGAUCCCAACAUCUGGAUCGAAACGUUGGCGAUGAGAUAAGAAAAUCAACGCUUUUCUUUGACUGAAAGCCGAAAUCCCCGAGAAAUAAGUCAACUUCCCAGUCGAACCUCU